AUGUCAAAGGUCUCGGGAGAUGGAAAGCGAAAGAGCGGCGAGGAUGGGCGGACGGGCAAGGGCAAGGCAGCUGGGGCCGCGAGUCGGGGUCGACAACGGCAAGAAUCAGCGGAUCACUUUGUCUCGAUCCGCAUCGACGACGUGGUAGCGCUCGACGGGCUGCGCAAGGUGCAGGAGGCUGUGGUGGCGAUCGAGCCGGAGGCCGCGCCCACCCUGAUUGCUAUUCCUAAGAUCCACCUCACGCUGUGUGUGCUUCGGCUCGGGCGCGGUGAUGAGCCUGCUGGCAUUGCCGCCGCUCGGCGAAUUCUGGACGCUGCUGCGCCGGGCAUCCAAGCGGUGAUGGCCAAGCUGCGCGAUGCUGCCGAUGGCGUUCAGCCGGCCAUCCGGCUCGCAGGCCUCGAGUCUUUCCGCAAUGGCCAGGUCCUGUUCGCGCAAGUCCCGCCAUGGGCGCGUGCUGCGACGCUGGCACACUCGUCGCUGACCAACGUUGACGUUAUCGGAGCGCUGCAAGAGAUUGCUGCCGAUCUCCACGCCCGGUUCGAUGCCGAAGGUCUCGCCUUUCCGCCGCAGCAGCCGUGGGCCGGCUUUACCCCGCACUGCACGCUCGCCAAGUCGCGGACGUCAGUCAAGGCGCGGCCUGCGCUUUGCCGAGCGGUCCCGCGCGUGACGCAGUCGAUCACGGUCUUUGGCGAUCAGGAUCUGGUUGCCCUCGACCUGUGUCGGAUGGAGGCUGUCGAUGACGACGGCUACUACGCCACCCGAGCCUCCAUCUCGCUACUGCACAGCGAGAGCAAGCCGCCGGCAGUGAUGUCGGCCCGUGCUGCGGUAGCGUCGGCGCUACCGCUCGUUCUCGAGCCCGGAGUGGCCAGUCAUGCAGAUGUGGUUUAG